AUGGGAAAGAACAAGCAAAAUGGAGAAGCAGACAACAAGUCCAAGAAUCAGAAAAAUGGAGACUCCAAUAAGUCAGAUACGAAGAAUCAAAAAAAUGGAGAUGCCGAUAAGUCUAAUAAGAAGAAUCAGUGUAAAGAAAUUUUUCUGAAGGUUUACAUGCACUGUGAAGGUUGCGCUACACAAGUUUCCCAUUGUUUGAGGGGAUAUGAUGGGGUUGAGCAAAUUAAGACAGAGGUUGGAGAAAAUAAAGUCGUUGUGUCUGGGAAAUUUGAUGAUCCGGUGAAGAUAUUACGAAGGGUGCAAAAGAAAUUCAGUAAAAAUGCCGAGUUAAUUUCCCCAAAGCCUAACCUUAAUCAAGAUCAGAAGAAGGAGCAACAACAAAAGAAAGAAAGUACUCCGCAGAUCAAAACUGCAAUUUUAAAAAUGAACAUUCACUGUGAAGGAUGUGUUAAUGAAAUCAAAAGAGGCAUUGAGAAAAUAAAAAGUAUUCAAACGGCGGAACCAGACCGGUCAAAGUCAAUGGUGGUGGUACGAGGAGUCAUGGAUCCUCCAAAACUCGUGGAUGAAAUCAAGAAAAAACUUAAGAGGCAUGCAGAGCUUGCAAGUCAGAACACAGAGAAAGGCAAAGGUAAUAACGACAAAGAGAGUAAUAACAAUAACAAGGGCAACAAGAAGAACGAAGACAGUGAUGGAAACACAAUCUUUAGUUGCCCUCCUCAAUAUUCAGCCCAGCAUAACUAUCCCUCUCAGAUUUUUAGCGAGGAGAAUGUGCAUUCUUGUUCGAUCAUGUGAUUUUUGAUUCGUAAACUAGGUGUAAUAAGCUAUGUUACACAUUUUAUAUCUCAGAAGAUUUUACUUAUUCAAUUCUAAGUGACACUUUCUGAAUGUACUCCACAAUUAAGGGGUGGGCCUUUAACUCACAUGGAAUCAACCACUUGAAGUUCUUGAUUCCUUCUGUUUGGGACCCUAAGACCAAAUCCUGCUGGACUCCGAUGUAACCAUUGUUAUUAUUACAUGUAUUAAUCAGUUGCUACCCUUUUUGGUAAAAUUGAAUUUUGUAAGGUUGGUUUUUAAGAAGGUUAUAUAUUUGAUAUUGGAGUAUACAAUGGGAGUUUGAACGAUCUUUUGGUAAAUAGAUAAAUUUAUUAGGCAUAUCUAAAACGCUAACAUGUAAGAAAAAGUCAAGUUCCAAGAUCUGUAACCAUUAGUGAUUUUAGAAUAUCCAACUAAUGAAUAAUAUAUGCCUUUAAUCGGACAAUGAAAAAGAUCGUUACAAACUAGUUGUCUCUUUGUCAUCAUAUAAUUAUAUCAUAUUAGUGGCUACAAUUAUAUAUGAUUCAUUGUAACUGAGCAGGAUCAUCCAAACAAAGAAACAAAUUAUUUUUUGUAUGUUACAAAAAUUAUCUAAGUAAUAUUUCUCUCUUAUAUAUAUAGCCUCACGCUGUUCAGAUUCUUCAUUGCACUUGUCAUAUUACAAAGGAAUAAAUAUUGAUAUGGGAAAGGUAUGUGUCCUUUCUUUGUGAUUUUUGCAUAUAUCUAUUACGCAAACUUACUUAUAAUUUUUUCGGGAUUAAAGAACAAGCAAAAUGGAGAAGCAGACAACAAGUCCAAGAAUCAGAAAAAUGGAGACUCCAAUAAGUCAGAUAUGAAGAAUCAAAAAAAUGGAGAUGCCGAUAAGUCUAAUAAGAAGAAUCAGUGUAAAGAAAUUGUUCUGAAGGUUUACAUGCACUGUGAAGGUUGCGCUUCACAAGUUUCCCAUUGUUUGAGGGGAUAUGAUGGUAAGUUUACAAUAUA